CGGGGCGCAGGGAAGCGGAGGUUUUUAGCAUGGGCCGGCGGGAGACGCUGCCCCUAGCGGGGCGGGCCGGGCCGGCAAUGGCGGCGUGGGGCAGUCCCGUGGCGCUGGGGUUUGACUCCUGGUUUAGACUUUAAAAGUAGCCGUUGCCCUUGAAACUCCUGGGAGUGUCCGGUAGCUCUUGUUGACGGGGGGAAAUUACCCUGCGCCUGGUUUUCCCGCACAGCAGGUAUCGGGCGUUGUUGGGUCGGACAGGACGGCUCGGCACCGGGUGACGGCAUUUCAGUAGAGGCUGCGUGGGGCUGCUGGACGAUCUGCCUUACAGAGCUCUGCAGUCAUAUUUUACAGGAAUGUGCUUGAUUAUUGCCACCAUGUUCUCCCAGUGCUCACAGGAUCUGUUAAAGAUUGCAAAUCUUCAUCUCCGGAGUCUGAAUUUAAAUCUACAUUUACAAAACCACAGAAGGGCUUUCAGCAAGUCACUGCCUGCAUGUCGAAGGAAAGUAGUUGUUACAGGUAUUGGCUUAGUGUCCCCUCUUGGUGUGGGGACUCAGUUUGUGUGGAAGCACCUUCUGGAAGGAGGCAGUGGGAUUACAUCACUAGAUGGGGAAGAAUAUGCAGGCAUCCCGUGUAGAGUGGCUGCUUGUGUGCCAAGGGGAAGCAAGGAGGGUGAGUUCAGUGAAGAAGGCUUUGUGUCGAAGUCAGAGAUCAAAUCCAUGAGUUCUGCCACUGUGAUGGCCAUCGGUGCAGCAGAGCUCGCAAUGAAGGACUCCGGCUGGUCUCCCCAGUCUGAACAGGAUCGCUUAACUGCUGGUGUGGCAAUUGGGAUGGGAAUGGUUCCACUGGAAGAAAUUUCUGACACAGCUGCCUUAUUUAAAACAAAGGGUUACAAUAAGGUCAGCCCAUUUUUUGUCCCCAAGAUUUUAGUCAAUAUGGCAGCAGGCCAUGUCAGCAUUAAAUACCAACUGAAAGGGCCAAAUCAUGCUGUGUCAACUGCUUGUACCACAGGUGCACAUGCAGUUGGAGACUCCUUUAGAUUCAUUGCUGCUGGUGAUGCUGAUGUCAUGCUGGCUGGAGGGACUGAGGCUUGCAUUAGUCCUUUGUCUUUGGCUGGAUUUGCAAGAGCCCGGGCCCUCAGCACGAGUUUUAACUCGAGCCCUAAAGCAGCCUGUCGGCCGUUUGAUUUGCAGAGGGAGGGGUUUGUAAUGGGAGAGGGUGCUGCUGUGCUGGUCUUGGAAGAGUAUGGACAUGCUGUACAAAGAGGUGCUAGGAUCUAUGCAGAAGUUUUAGGUUAUGGACUGUCCGGUGAUGCUUGCCACAUAACAGCACCUAACCCAGAGGGAGAUGGUGCAUUCAGGUGCAUGUCUGCAGCAAUAAAAGAUUCUGGGAUCAAACCUGAAGAUGUAACAUAUGUCAAUGCACAUGCAACUUCUACACCUCUAGGAGAUGCUGCUGAGAAUCAAGCAAUCAAGAGACUUUUUAAAGAUCACUCACGUAAUAUUGCAGUUUCCUCAACAAAAGGAGCAACGGGACAUCUCUUGGGGGCUGCAGGAGCUAUUGAAGCAGCUUUUACUGCACUGUCCUGCUACCAUGGAAUUUUGCCACCUACUCUAAACUUACAGAAAACAGAGGCAGAGUUUGAUCUCAAUUAUGUUCCAUUGACAGCUCAGGAGUGGAAAACUGACAAACGGCGUAUAGCACUCACAAAUUCAUUUGGCUUUGGUGGCACUAAUGCAACUCUGUGCUUUGCAAGUGUUUAACUUACGCUAAGAAUGUUGUGAAAAAAUGGCACCAACGAUGGUUUUCUGUACUUCUCUCCCUGGUGUGUACUGUAAUCUUUUCUCAGCUUUGAGAGUUGCUCAUUUGAUACAUAAGAACUUUAUUCAGCCUAACAUUUACACCAGUAAUUCUUUCAGAAAGAGGGAACUUCUUUUACUCAUUUUAAUAAAAAUAAAUAAAAGAUCUGUUCUUUGUGUGA